AUGUACAUCAAGAUUGAGAGUUGUAGGUUGAAAUGGUACAGGAAGAACCAAACAAAGAUCCAUGCCGACCUGUAUAAAGGAGUUGUUGAUGCAAUUACAUCCGGGGAGACCCGGGCAAGCGCUGUUGGAGUAAGGAUAGUGCUACCUGGAACGUACCCAGGUGGCGACCGCGACAUGAAGCGGAGGCAUAUGGAUGCCAUGGCAAUUGUCCAUACUUACGGGAAGCCUGACAUCUUCUUGACCAUGACCUGCAACCCUAACUGGGAAGAGAUAACGAAUGAGUUGUUUCCUGGUCAGACAGCGCAAGACCGACCUGAUCUUGUGGCUCGUGUGUUCCAUGGCAAGCUAGAGGCUAUGAAAGAGAUGUUGUUCAAGAAGAAUAUCCUGGGUGUUGUUGUUGCACAUGCAUACGUAGUCGAGUUCCAAAAGAGGGGCCUCCCCCACGCACACUUUUUGUUGAUCAUGGAUUCUGCCUAUAAACUUGUCGUUCCAGAGCAGUACGCCCGACUCAUUUCUGCCGAGCUCCCAGACAAGCAAAAGUAUCCUGAACUCCACGCCUUGGUGGUGAAACAUAUGAUGCAUGGACCAUGCGGUGCUCUCGACCCCAAAAAUGUUUGCAUGCAACAGAACGAGUGCAAGCGCAGAUACCCGCGGUCGUUCAAUGAAAACACGGCACAGGGCAAGGACUCAUACCCUGUUUAUUGUCGUCGAGAUAAUGGUCGGCAGGCUAAGGUCCGGGGUAAAAUGUUGGACAACAGAUGGGUUGUGCCGUAUAACCCUUACCUGCUGCAGAUGUUCAAUUGCCACAUAAACGUUGAGGUUUGCUCCAACAUAAAGGCCGUCAAAUACCUUUACAAGUACAUAUACAAGGGCCAUGAUAGGGCUUCUUUCAGCAUCGACCAGCCUGACGCUGAUGGUAACAUUGAUGAGAUCAAAAGAUACGUAGACGCGAGGUGGGUUACUCCUCCAGAGGCGAUGUGGAGGAUAUUUGGCUUCCCCUUGUGUGCCAAUGACCCGUCUGUCCUACAGUUGCCUCUUCAUCUCCCGAAUAUGCAUAGGGUGGCAUUCAAUGAGCAAGCUCACUUGACCGAUGUAGCCGCCUCUGAGAAAGCUUCCAAAUCCAUGUUGACAGAGUAUUUCAAAGCUAACCAAAACCACCCGUGGGCUAGGAAUAUAUUGUACAAGGAUUUUCCUGGAAGGUUUACAUGGCAGAAGGGUAAGAAGUAUUGGAAAGAGCGGGUGGAGCGUUAUCAGAUAGGUCGAAUUGUGUCUGCCAAUCCUGCCGAGGGGGAGCGAUACUAUCUGCGUGUGCUGCUAAACCAUGUUGCUGGCCAGACAUCCUAUGAGGACCUGCUCACCGUGGACAGUAGGCUAUGCGGGAGCUUUAGAGAGGCUGCCGAAAGGUUGGGACUCAUCGAGGCAGAUAACACGCUCGACGACUGUCUUACCGAGGCAGAGCAGUGGGCGAUGCCAUGUUCGCUCAGGAGGCUCUUCGCAACAAUUUUGGUGCACUGUGAGCCAGGCGACGUGCGUGGUUUAUGGGAUAGGCACUUCGAGCCUAUGUCUGAUGACUAUCGGCGAUCACACACGUGCCCGAUUGAGGUGGAACAGAUGGUGUUGCUUGACAUUAGGGGUAUGUUGCAGUCCAUGGGCAAAGACAUAGCUGAUUUCUCUCUUCCAUGCAUUGACGAUGCAUUCGACCCAACCGAGGGAGAGGCCAGAGAAGUGAUCGAGGAAUCCAACGUCGAUUUUGACAUCAACGACACUAAAUUGGCUUCGUCGCUAAACUUGGAGCAGAGGGUUGCAUACGACGAGAUACUAGCUUCUGUUGAACGCGCUGAUGGGGGUGUGUUCUUUGUUGAUGGACCGGGAGGUACAGGGAAGACCUUCCUGUACAGGGCGCUGCUCGCCAAGGUUCGAAGCGAGGGAAACAUCGCUAUCGCUACCGCGACGUCAGGCGUCGCCGCUUCUAUCAUGCCUGGAGGCAGGACUGCCCACUCGAGGUUCAAGAUCCCAUUGAGCUGCGACGAUGGCGCCUCAUGCACCUUCACGAAACAGAGUGGUACCGCCAAGCUACUGAGGAUGGCCUCAUUGAUACUAUGGGACGAGGCCACCAUGACUAAGCGACAGGCGGUCGAGGCACUUGACAACAGCAUGCGCGACAUCAUGGGAAGACGGGACCGACCCUUUGGAGGAAAAACUGUUGUGUUUGGCGGGGACUUCAGGCAGGUGCUUCCGGUCGUCAGGAGGGGGUCCCGGGUCAGAUAA